UUGGUGGGGAGGGGGCAGGAGAGCGGGAUUGGUGGGAGGGGAUUCUGGGAACAGGGUAACUGCCUGGGGGCAUUCUAGGGAGUCUGAGGCUGUAGAGAGUGCAGGAGCAGAGUAGGAGUGACUAGCAUGGAUCCAAGUGGGGCAGAAUCUCAGCAGCCCCUCCCCAGGGCUCCUGGGAGAGGGAGUCGGAAGUCUGGGAGUCGAAAGAGGCACCAGGACCAGAACCCAGUUGUCCGUCUGUCCAAAACCUUGUCCUAUGUUUUGCGUCAUGGAGCAGCCCAGCUGGGGCUGGAGAUGGGUGCUGAUGGGUUCGUAGACGUGGCUGCCCUGCUGAGCCUGCCCCACUUUGGGGGUGUCUCUGUGGCCGAUGUGCGACACGUUGUGGAGACUAAUGAGAAGUGCCGCUUUGCCCUGCGCUCCCACCCUAGUGACGGGCGCUUGCAGAUCCGUGCCAACCAGGGGCACUCACUGCAGCAGGUAUCAGAGCUAGAGCUGAUCCCACUGCUGGAGCCCACAGCCCUACCCCAGACCAUGGCCCAUGGCACUUACUUACGGCACUGGCCAGCCAUCUGCCGAGGGGGCCUUUCCCGCAUGGGGCGCAACCAUAUCCACCUAGCACCUGGGCUGCCUGGAGAUGGACAUGUCCUCAGCGGGAUGAGGCAGGACUGUGAUGUUGCUAUAGUGAUUGAUGGGCCCCAGGCACUGGCAGAUGGGAUCCAGUUCUAUCGCUCAGCUAAUGGUGUCAUCCUCACACCAGGUGAUGCUGAAGGUCUUCUGCCUCCCCGGUACUUCCAGAGAGUCCUGCAGCUCCGGCCUGACAGGCGUCUGCUACCCCUCGAGUGAUCCACACAGGGCCGAGCCGGCUCCAGGGCCAUGACAUGGAGGAGAAACAGGGCGGGAGAGAGCAGUGUAAAAUAAUAUCCCUAUUGUUCCA